CCAUUUAUAACCAUCCAGGAUCUUACUCAUAAUAUUGAUUUUUAUAAUCAAAUCUUUUUUCGUUCAACUAACCUGAACAAUAUCGUGUCAUUAUUAUUGCAUUAAAAAAAUGAAAUUAUUUUUAUUUUUCUUGUUUAUUGGAACAACAUUGGCAUAUCCAAUCAGUCAAGAUCAUCGUGAUAAUGAAAUGGCCGAAACAUUGAUUAAUCGCGCUCGAUCAUUGGUUGAAAAAGCAAAACAUGUAAUCGAUGAAAAUGAACAACAACAUGAAGAUUUACUAUCAUCGAUCAAGAAUCUUAAGGACCAAGUGAAAACAUUGUCAGAUGAAUUUGAAAGAAAAUAUCAGGGAUUAGAUUUGACUAAGAAUGAAAUCCACACAAUGAGUGAGGAUUUAUUGCAUUUAGAAAAUCGAUUGACAGAAGAAUUCAUAAUUUUUUACGAUCACAUCGAACAUGAUGAUGAUGAUGAUAAUAAUGUCGAUCAUUUAAUCAAACGCGCAGAAGAUUUGAUUAAGAAAGCUCAUGAUGAAAUUCGACAAUAUAAUCCAGAUUACCGGACAAGAGCAGUGGUACAAUUUGAAAUUGCAGCAGUGAUGAAAUUGGUUGAAGUUAUUCGACAUGGUGAUGAAGAGCAACGACAUAAAUAUAUACCACAAUUAAAAAGUCAAUUACGAUCAUUAGAAAUUGUUUUAGAAAAGAUAAGAAAAUAAAAUGAAACAAUUUUUUGAUUAUCAUAAGAGGAGAAA